AUGUGUGUAGGGCAGCAUCCUAGAGCUUCCCUGAGUCUUAUCCUGAACAUUAUGGCUUUCUCGUUUGCAGUCAUCGCAGUCAUCACUAGCUACUGGUGUGAGGGCAGUAGGAAAGUGGUGAAGCCACUGUGCACGGGGCUCUCUCAUGUCCGCCGUACCUACUGCAUCAGUUUCAACAGUUCCAACCUCAAUGACAGCCGACUCGUGCAGUACAUCCUGGAAACUGGAGAAAACAAGUUCAUCAUGAGGAAGUUCCAUGCAGGUAUCUGGUUCUCCUGUGAAGAAAAUGAGAACUUGACAGGAUUUAACUGUAGAAGUUUUUUGGACAUUGUACCUGAAGAUGAAAGAGGCAUCCUCUGGCUGUGCAUCUUGGCCGAAUGUUUAUACAUCAACCUUCUGCUGGUUGGAGGUCUUCUCAUGUUCACAGAGAUUUUCCACUGCUACCAGAACAUGAAGAGCCUCAAGAUUAAUGCCUUUGCUGCUCUGUGUACGGUCCUGUCAGGCCUUCUGGGGAUGGUGGCCCACAUGAUGUACACUACAGCCUUUCAGCUUGCUGUUGCCCUUGGACCAGUGGACUGGAGACCCCAUACCUGGGACUAUAGCUGGUCCUAUCUGUUGGCAUGGGGAUCAUUCACAGCCUGCUUGGCAUCAGCAGUGACAACCCUGAACAGAUACACCAGAACUAUUCUGGAGCUCAAGCAUAGGAAGAUGACUGCAGAGAAGAAACUGAAGAUUCAGCAACUGCUGUUUGACAUCUACAGUACCUUUGAACCCAACUCAACACUAGACAUCCCUGCUGGUGGCUGUCAGCUUUCUGGUGCCUCGGUUAUCUUCGAUCGCAGUGACCUGCCUGAUGAGUAUUGUUAA